GCCUUUCUUGAGGUUCACAUCACAGGUGACUACCAAGCUGGAAUAUGAAGUCGCAUAUGUUGGGUUUCAGUGCAGUUCUGCUGCUGUUACUUCUGGUCUCAUCCUCAGUGCAAGAUCCUGUUAUUCGUUUGAGCUGUCUAACUACUACAAAUACUAGAAUUCCUAUGAAAAAUCUAGUUGGCUACAACAUCCAGAACAAACCCUUGUUCCCUGUAAUUGCUGUGAGAUUUCUUACAAUCAAAGGGUUCACAAUCUGUUCGGAUCCCUCCUCACAAUGGGCUAUAAAAGCAAUGAAGUACCUGGACGCAAAGAAGAAACCCCAGUCAGCAUCAAGUACAGCUCGUCAUUCUGUGACAGUGGCUCCUGAGAAUACACAAACCACAAAUAUGACUCGGUUAUUGGCUCAAAAUUAUACUAGCUAGUUACUGCAAUAACUGGCUAUUAUAAUUUUGCAGUUUUUAAAGGGUUUUCUCUUUUGCGAUAACAUGCACUUUAUUUUACAUCACACACUAUAAGUUGUGAUGUUUUUUAAUUUCAAUUUUUCUUACAAAAAAGAUUGUACUUUCAUAUUUUAUACUAUCUAUUAAUAUCUAUAUUUUUUUAUUUUUCAAACAAAAGUUUUUGGAUGUGAUUAUGUAUUUUUAUCUAUAG